GAGCUAUCCUAUAUACAACAUACCUUCUUGACAUUCUCAGUUUUCUGUCCGAAAAGCUCGAGUGGUCAAAGAGGGAACAUCUAAAAUUGCCAUAAAUUCCCCAUAUUGACGGCGACCUAUGUCAGUUGGUAUGCUCCCCCAAACUGCUGCAGAAUUGACGGUUUUUUGUGUUAUUGUUUGGCUCUGAUUAUAUAACCAUAGCUUUCUUACAAUUUUCAUAAAAAAUGUAACUUUAUGACAUGACCUCUGUUUUUGUUUCUUUCACGAACUCCAUCCUACCCAGUGUACAUUUCCUCCAAUGAUUGCACACUUUACGUUACUACGACAAAAUAUGGCCCAAAUUAACAAUCUUCCUGCCUGCAAUUCUGUCAGCAAUGCUUAGACACUCUAUCGAACGAAGAUUUGCCAACAUAACUUUGACACCAACUGGACAAGCCUCAGAUAAUUCAUUGCUGUUGUCAACAAAAGGCUAUCCACAUAGUUCAUCAACUUCAUUUCUUAACAACAACCUGGAUAAAAAAGCAAGAUGCAGAGAUCAAAAUCUGGAGGAGGCUGGAGACGAGGUAAAACAUGAAUAUGCCUUUUUUGAACCAAGCUGGGGAAAAUGGGAACUUCUAUGGAAAAUGUUUGAUCCAAUCUUUUGUGUGAUAAUAGCGCAGGUCUUUGGCCUAGCAUACAUCGAUUAA